AUGGACUACAGUAUGUCCACAUACAUGCAGAGGCAAGUUACCUUUUACUUUGUAAGGGAUAUAGAAUCUCGAUGGUGGGGUAUGGCUUCUACCUGUACUAGCUUCAGGCAGUUGAAACGCCCCAUGAUAUUUCCACCAGGAUGAACUGUAAAACUUUUUAGUGGGUAUUUCCUCGUCCCCAUGUUUUACAACUUCAUUAAAUUGAUGUUGUUUCAGUGAAAAAAUUUCACGACUUAUCGUGCAGUGACGACAUCGAUAGUGGACCCAAAGAGCUUGGUGCGCGUGUGUGCUUUCAUUGUUUAUUGUCGAUGUUAAUUUCUGCUUAAAUUCGCUCGUACUGAGAACAGUUGGUUUUGAAAAGUAGACCAUGUUAGUGAGGUUCUCUUCUCCUCUGAGAAAACACACAAAAUAAAAGUGAGUCAUCGUUCAACCAGCUUGUUUGUUUGUUGUUUUUUUUGCCAUUUACAGAGUACAUCUGCACUGACAAGGAGCAAGAUUGUGCAAGCUUAGCGAGUCGCAAUGGCUGCCUUUUACAACAUGCGUACAUGACAGAGAACUGUAUGCUGUCAUGUGCCAUGUGCACUCCAGGUAUGGGUCAAAAGUCAUUUUGCAGACCUUUUUGGUUUCUGGGACCUUUUCUGUCAUUUUCCCGAAGUGGUCAACUUUUGGAAUUUUAGGAUGCUUUCUCAAGGCUUAGUUUUAUAGAGGCGGCCAAAAGGUGUCUAAUGCUGAUGUUCGCUCAUAACAAUUAUUUACCGAGGACGAGAUGAUUAAUUUUUUUAGUAUCUACCACACAUAAGCAAAAUAAAUUGGUUCAUUUCUGUCAGUAUACCAAAAAAUGGUCGGAAAGUAAAUUGUUGACGCGAGAUUUCGUAUCUUUGGCUGCUCGGAGGUGAAUAGUGAUAAUUACAAACGAACCAGCAAACAAAGUGCACCUGUGUGUUACAUACUAAUUCUUGGUAUCAUUCUUCAAUCAACCGUACUCUAACGUUAUUAUCUUUCUUACACUAUCUGCACAUGAGAUUUUUAAAGAAGGUAUCGAUUAUAGUACCGAUCUUGAAGAGCACCCAACCGCGAAUAAAAAAAAUCCUUAUAGGGCACUUACGAAAUUCUUUACUUGUCUUAAGCCCAUGAAGAACUAUUUUUUUUCAAUCUAAUUUUGUCUUCUAGGUAAUACUGUUAUGGACACAACCAGUGAGUGCAACCCUAAACAAGAUCUUUGUCGAACUGACUGGGAAUGGAGAAGUAUUUGUCCGCAUACAUGUAAAAGCUAUAUUCAAAGUCAACCACAAGGAGCUAAUACUAACCAACAAGUAUCAGCACAAGUCGCGCAACCCCAGGUGCAGUCAGGCGGGGCAAUGCAACCUCAGCAACCAGUUGUUAAUUAUCCCGCACUACCAACUGUUCAACAGCUCCCGACAGCUGCUCAAACGCAGCUACAGCAAGCAGGCGGGGCAGUGCAACCUCAACAACCAGUUACUAAUUAUCCCGCACUACCAAAUGUUCAACAGCUCCCGACAGCUCCUCAAAGGCAGCUACAGCAAACAGCGCAAUUGCAGCCGCAAGCCCAGCAGCCUGGCCUGGUCAUUCAGCCACAAUUAAAUUCUGCUCUUCAAGCUGGUCAGGUGGGCUCCGUGGUGCAGCCUGGUAGCAUGCAGCCACAAACUCCUGCCACAACCGCUCAGCAGGUAAACCCAGGUACACAAACCAAUCAAAUACAAACACAGACUCAAACACCUCCUGCGAUAAACCAAGGGGUGCAACCUGAACAAGUACAACCUCAAGUUCAACAAACACUUCCUCAAGUGAACCCUGCAGUACAGACUGCCCAAAAUUAUCCUCAAGUGCAACAAGCAGCCCCCCAAAUGAAUCCAGCUAUUCAACCCCAGGCCCUUGCUGUGCAACAACAGGCUCAGCAACCCUUCACUCUGCCAGGUGUAUCUCAGUACCCUAAUCAGGCACAAGUUAACACGGGUACAUAUUUAUUGUAAAACCAUAUGACUCAGCAAACUAUACAGGAUUGUAAAAUAGUUUUUGAAUAUACAAAGGUUAAAUUUUAUUGUUUUAUAGGCCUUAUAUGGAGGUAAAAAAGAAAAUGUGAUCUCUAGUGAUUACAAAUGGAAAACUAUUUAUAUCUGGCUGUGAUGGCCCCAAACGAAGAGUCAAAAACGAGUCAAAGGAUGAAUAUUUUCACACUUUUGCGCAACCUAUUUUAAUUACUUUGGUUAACUCUAAGGUUAAUUACAAGGACUAAAAUGGGACUUCAUUAGGAACUACAUUAAGAUAUCUAAUAUAGGGUAUGAUGGAUAUGCGAGGUAUUCGCUAAAAAUGAAGAGGAAAUACUGUUUGCAGCGGGUCUGUUGAGCUAUGGUUGAACCUCGGCAUUACUAAACUAGGGAUCCAGAGGCCAGUUUCAAGCCUGUAAUUCAAUGUUCUACUACAGGUCAGAUCUAUCAACCAGUCUUACAACAGCCUCAGCCCGGAACAGUUCGAGGACCAACAGAACGAGAGAAGGGACCUGAGAAGUCAAAGUCUGCCAAAGUAACUCCUGCGGAGGAGACAAGCCAAAUGGGAAAAAUGGCCAAAAAGAAAGAGAAUAAGAAAAAUGUUUCUGCCAAAAAGACUCCUGAAGAGGAGGCAAGCAAAGAGGAUAAAAUGGUCAAAAAGAAAGGGAAUAAGAAGCAUGGUUCUGCCAAAGGGACUGCUGCUGAAGAUAAAGGGAAAGUGGAUAAAAUGGCCGAAAUUGAAGAUAAGGAGAAAAAUGAUUCUGCCAAAGAAACUGCUGUAGAAGUGACAGAGAAACUUGAUAAAAUGGCCAAAAUGGAAGAUAAUAAAAAAGAUGAUUCUGCCAAAUGGACUGCUACAGAGGAGAGAGGGAAUGUAGAUAAAAUGGCGAACAAGAACGAAAAAAAAAAGAAAGAUCAUUCCCAUAAAGAGUUGAACGUUAAUCUUGGAGGUGAAGCAAAGAACAAAAACCACAAGAAGACAAGGGAAAAUGAAGAUAGAGCUCAAGUAAAGGAGAGCAUCUAAUGAGCCACAAUGGCAAACCAAAAACGGUAUCAACAAGGCUGAAGUGAGGCUGACUUACAACACAGGGUAGAAACUAAGCCAGGAAACCGAUGAAGCCGAAAUAAAGGAUAAUGAAAGUUCCUUGUUAGAAAACAUUCGAUUCAUGUUUACAAUUUUGUCCAGCCGGCUGGAGAUGACAGACAUAUUACAAUCCUAUGAAAACUUAUUGACUUAUGAAGCAUGUUCAAUUUUUUUUAGAAAUUUUAGUCCGUAUUUCUAAGUGUGUUGAAGGAAGACUAUGAAUAAAACUUGAAAACGGAAUAAUUCAAACAUUUGAGAAUCGAUGUUGCACAUUGAAAUAACCGUUUGUUCCAAAAGCCAAUUGUUUUUCCUUGCUCGAAAAGGUGUCUUCCAGAAAGUCCACUAAGAAGAAGUGGGCCAGAUUUAAAGGGAAGGAUUUACAAAAGCAUGCAGUAUAUUGAUAAAAAGGUCAUACUUUUCCCUUCCUAGAUCUCCCAACCGCAUUCAAAAUUCAGCCUGAAAAGUGUUUAGGUCGUCGAAGCCUGAAUUUUCUGCAAUGGCUUAAAUUGUAGUUUAGCUGCGAGGGUCAUUUCUGCGCUUGAACGGAAACUGCUGAGAACAUAUCAGUGUAAGAGAAGGGAAACUGAAGGGCCUUUUACUUCAGAUUAGAAGGAAUUGCCCAGGAUUGUAUCUGUUUAUCAAACUUGACACAAACAUUUCUUGUAGCUGUAAAUUCUUCCUUUCGCUGUAAAACGAUCUGCCAUGUACUUUUUUUUAAUGAUAACUUUUUGUCAUUGCAGUUAUUUGGUAACACAGAAUGCUGUUUACCUUAAAGGGCAUUCAUUUAAAUGAAAUCUCCCAGUCGAGGCUCGGUCAGUUCAGGUAAAUAAAUAGCGUGUAACGUAUCUAACGAUCACAUAGCACAGAAUCAGCCAUGAACAUGGUGCAUCUUAUGACAUCUGAAACAGAGAGAGGGUUGAGCCUGAGUUUUUUUCUGUGUCCCAGUAAUCCUAUAUCACGUGGUCGUAGAAGGUUUCUUUCGAAUAAAUAUAGCUCUCCUGACCCCGGUUUGUUUAAGGUCCUUCAAUAAUGGUGUCCAACCGUUAAAUAGCGUUUUGAGUCGAUGAAUGAAAAGGAGGAAAACAUUUGGAUACUUUUGACUUCUAAAUGGGCGGUUUUGUGGCUCUCAAUUCAUUGACCCGUGAAAAAAAACAACUAAUCGUCACCACGCAAUAGUAAAUUUCUCAAUUUUACGACAGUUUCAAAGUACUUGUUUGCUAAAAUUUCCAAAACCUCUUAGAAGCUAUUAUUUUUUGUAGAUCAGUCAAAAAGUUCAUCUCACAAAGAAGAGAGCGAAGAAAAACUAUGGAAACAGGGACAUUUAAUGAUAGCAUUGUAGUUUGACCGAGAUUCCGUCAUUGUUGGAUCUACUUGACAUUUCAAUUCCUUCUCAUUAUUUUCAUGAUAUGAAGGUGGCGUCAGCAAAUACCAUAAGGCCUAGGUAAGAAAUAAAAACGAUGACCAAUUCGGCAAAAGGGAUAUAUCUUCGAACUCCAUUUCUCACAAUGAACAAUGAGUCAUAGCCUAAAGAAUUAAACAAGUAUUCCUCGGUUCUGAAUAACUUGAAAAGGUAAAUAACUUGUCUGCUUAGUCGUCCAAACAAGCCAGAGCUUAAAUGCAGUGAACUUUGACGAAAAUUACUGAUCCUUUAGGAAUUUGCUUGUGGCCUUCUGUUCUCGUUUAAUUAUUUACUGGUCAUAUGUCCAAACGGGUUGUUGCAUCCUUCGUUCAGUGAGAUUGCCUCGGCAGUAUUUUGACUGCAACAAGUUUGUUUUGUCCGCAGCCACGCGCAAAAAAUCAGGUAGGUCAUCUAUCGCUCACUGAAUCUUUCGCUUUGUAUGCUUUUCAAUAAGCAUGCUUGGGUCGGUUAUUUUAGGCACUCUAAGGUUUUUACGUCAAGGGCAAAAAACCCUCCGAGUACAACAUGCAAAUCUACAUCGUUAAAUUUGCCUAGCAGUAGUGAGCCAUCAGUGCUCAGGGAUAAAGUUCAAGGAGUUGUCGACUUCAAAAUGGAGCUUUCGAUUGUUUCGUUUUCUCGCCUUUUUAAUUUUAAUACUUAUUCUGGCCUUCGAAAUAAUUUUUAGGUUAUAAUAAGUUGAAAGAAAAUAGAACGCCCUGGCAUUCCAUCUAAUAAUGCUUUAAAGCGAGUUUCGCACUCAGCUGGCAACAUGGAUUAUUGCUUUGAAUAGCAGAUGCGAAAAAAAUGCUUCGGUUGAUAUCAGUCAAACUACUUUAAUGUGAUGGUCUGAUGAACUGUUUGAAAGACUUAAACUGAUUAAAAUCUCUCUCAAAAUGUUGCCCAAAAACCAGCUUAUAAGGUUCUUACUUUGAAUUUGAUGUACCUUACAUGAAUGACUAUUUACGCUUUUCGACCUUGUUUAACAAGUUUGUACAACUUUUCCUGUUGGCCUGCGUUUAUGAAAUAAUAUGGACUCAAAGCGCUCCGUACCUGUUCGGAAAAUGACUGAUUAUUUCAACCAUCUUCAUAAGGUCACGCUAAACCCAUAAGUGUAUUAUGACACUGAUAGUCAAAAUUAAGUUUGUUUCGCAUUGAAAUCAUGCAAGUUUGGGGUCUAAAAUUCCCAAAUUCAAGCAACGUCAAUGCUGAAAACAGGACAAAUUUGUGCUUGACUGGUAGAAAUGAUACGAGCAAUUGACCGCCUUACAUGCUUUGCUGGUGGCCGGAGUAUUUCAAACAUCGUUACUUCCAUUUACGAUGGAAGUAACUUUCUAUUAGAAACAAAAUAACAGAGAAAGAACAUUGGGGGACAUGUUUUCUGUUGAACAUCCCGGUGUCUCUUGGCUUUUGACGGCUGAUGCGAUCGUGUUAUGUGAUUUUCUGAGUAAAAGAAUUUCUGUACAGGACUUUAAUCACGGACUGACGGUUCGAAGACUCGAGCAUAAGUUAUUGCAAGAGUCAAGUGUAAAGUUUGAGAAAGUGAAAUGUUGAAUGCCCAGUUCGCACAACUUGGCGCUUAUUUGAAACUCUCAGUUACUGAGUUUCACCUAAAAUAAAAGUAAGAUAAAGUAAAGAAGAGCAAGCAAAGUCAUCUUCUGGAAAAAUAUUGGAACUGUCGCAGAAAAUUUGGUUUUGAGUAAUUACCCCCCAGAAGGUCGAUGACGUUUGCAUAAGAUCAUUGAUCUACUGAAGGGUCCAAAGUGACACCUAAAAUUCACAACAAGCAAAAGGCCUUUAGAACAAAAAGCUGUGGAUGUAUUCAAGGUGAGAAGAUAUCUUUAAUACCAAGAAUAUACACGAUAUCACGGAUGGUACCGUUACUUUGUUCUCUUGCAAUCAUUUCUCGGCCAUUUCGACAAAAUUAAGUGAAUGACAUAACCUUCCUAAGAUGCUAUAUAGGAGUCAAUUGCUUGCUUUGAUUCUAUUAAGUCCAUAUUAAAAAACUCUGACCUCGUUAUAGUAAUAAUCAUGUGAAACGUAAAAGAAAAAGUAAAUGUUCCGGAGAUCUACUACUCUUUCCAAUGUUCAAUUGUGAACAUAAAAGUGUUUAAAAUUCAAAUUGUGACACUACCUGUCAAACCUAAUCGACGGUGGCGGAUUGGAUUCAUGUACUAGAUUUUCUUACUAAAACAUUUCAAAUUAUUUUGAAAUGCUUUGGUCCAAAGAGGGGUUACAGAGAAUAAAAAGGAAUUCCAUCCCGUAGAAAUUAUAUGAUGAUCCAAGUUCAUUUUGUCUGGUACCGAAUCAAUUUCAUGAUUAAAAUGGUGCACUUCUGAAAAUCAAGCAAGAUUCUAAAUGUGCGUUGUUUCCUCUUAAAAAAAAAAACUGAACUAAAUUUCCACAAGCAAGUUUGUUUUGUGUCGUAUGUUUUUUGUAGAAAAUUGCUUGUAUCCACAAACAAACAAAAAAACCUGCCAGCAACUGUAAAUUCUCAAAGCUAAGUAACUGUACAAGACUGCCUUGAAAUUUCCACGGGCAAGUGUCCUCAGUAAGUCAUCUGUACUCGCUAGUUUCGCCGACGCCAGGAUUGUUCACGACAACUCUCCUUUUGCAAAAAUUGUAUGUGAAUAAUUUAAAUCGCCAAAGAUAAAUUUUCGGCUGAUUAUCGCAAAUGCUUGGAGUUUUCACUCUUCUUGUCCAAGUGGAGUUUGGAGGAGUUAUUAGCUUGCAAUUGUUAAAUUAACUAACUUACUAACUAAACUGACUAAAUACUUCAUAAGCAAUUGCUGUUUUUUCUUUAUAGAAGGCAAGUGGCAAUGAAAUCAACGGUGGUUUUUGUUUUGUUGACGAUACUCGGCUCCUUGUGUCAAGGAAAGCCUGUUGGAAAAAAGAAGGCUGCGAAAUUGAAGGAUAAGCCACAAAAAGGUAUGAAAAUACCAAGUCCUGAAACGUGAUUGUUGCGAAAGGCUGACCUAAUUUAGUGCUACACCAAGAUGACACGCUUUGGUUGUUAAUUCUGUAUUUGAGGUUGCUUGACGCGUACAUGCAAGAGUUUGCAAUAGGGUAUGGUUAUGAGAAGUUCAAGUCUUUGAUUUGUUUUGGUUUCUUUUUGCUUUUGUUCUUCAGACAGCGUGUGUUUUGACAAGGAUGUGAGAUUCUGCAAAAAAUGGGCGCCCCUGGGUUACUGUGCGAAAAGCCAUUCAGUCAUGUCAGGAAAAUGCAAGUUAGCCUGCAAAAUGUGUUCUCCAGGUACGAAAAAGCAAAUAAAAAUUGGUUUGUUCUUGCAGUGCACUCAUUCGUCCAUUUAUUUCCUCAUUCAUAGAUUGCCUUGAACUGCUUGGGCGCUUUUCAGUAUAAUUAAUGUAGUUAUCAAUCUUGGUGAUUAAGCGUACUAUUAUAAUCGGUCGUAGGUUCAAUAAUUCUUUAUUAUCCAUCUACAUCAGUAAUCUUUUAAAUGCGUUUAACAUGCUCAGCUCACUCGUGUAUACAUUGUUUGCGAUAUCGAAAAAAGCAAAUAUGUUCCGAAACUAAAGCAUGUAACAAACGAUCGAAGAACACGGAAAGGGAUUAGAAUUAUUUCUCAAAUUUUUUCUCAGCCUCGAGGUCUGACUAAUCAUUUUUUUCUUAGUCUUUCGCUGCUACGUUCAUGAAGUAAUCCUUGGACAUUUUACAUAUCGUAGGGGAAAUGCUAAUGGAUGACGACAGCAGAUGCAGCAACUGGAAGAGUUCUGAUUUUUGCGCCAAAGCAAAUCAUCAGCCUUAUAUGUUUAAACACUGCAAAUUUAGUUGCAAAGGGUUUGUUGCUUUACCACCCGUCCCUGAGAAGAAACUUGGUGACACCUUUGGAAUGGGUGGACGAUACGGACAACAGCCAAUGGCUGGAAGGUUUGGUCAACAGCCAUACGGAAGGCCACCAUAUGGUGCACAACCAAACAUGCAACAACAAUAUGGUCAGUAUGGGCAGCAACCCUACGGACAACAGCCUUAUGGUCAGCAACCCUACGCUCAACAGCCUUAUGGGCAGCAACCCUACGCUCAACAGCCCUAUGGGCAGCAACCUUACGGACAACAACCCCAAUAUGGACAACCAUCAUUUGGUCAGCAGCCAUCGUAUGGCCAACAAGGAAUGAUGCAACAGCCUUGCGGUCAACCUCAAAUGACUACGGAUCCUUGUGCUCCUCCUUGUCCACCUCAGCCACCUUGCGGUCAGCCACCGUGCCCACCACCACAACCACAACCCCCAUGUGGAGGUCCACAGGCGCCUCUGCCUCCCCAGCCACCAGCUCUUCCACCACCACCACCAACGGAAGAAAAAGAGGGAAAAGAGGAGGAAAAAGAAGAAAAGGGAGAGAAAGAAGGAAAAGAAGAGAAAGAAGGAUCGCUGAAGCGGCCACCUCCCGUUGACGCCCGCCGUCCUCCACCUAGGCAGCCAUACCGACCUUACCAGCCUUAUGGAGCUCAAAAUCCUUACGGCCGCCCACCAUAUGGACAGCAGCCACCCUAUGGACAGCAACCACCCUAUGGACAGCAACCACCCUAUGGACAGUCGGCAUAUGGACAGGCUGGCUACCAACAACCCUACAAUCCAUACGGUUCAGAUCCCUAUGCCCAGCAACCAUCUCCUUACCAGCAACCUUCAUACCAGCAACAACAAUAUUAUGGACAAAAUAGGCAACCUCAAGCGCCAGUCCAGCAAGUUCCUCAGCCCGCACAACCUGCACCUGUUGCUCAGCCUGUCGCACCUGCUGCUCAGCCUGCAGCACCUGUUGCUCAGCCUGCCGCCCCUGCUGCUCAGCCUGCCGCUCCUGUUGCUCAGCCCGCUGCACCCGGUAGGUUAAAGUGUCUUUGCCCUGCCACACAAUCACGUCCCUUCAACCUUCCACCUGCGUCUAUAUGUCUGAUCAUUUGUUUCCCCGCUCCUUGUACCAUUUUUCUAUCUUCGUCUACCCCUUUCCUCUUUUGCACCUUUCCUACGUCCAUAGAGCUAACCAACCAAACUCUCCAACUUCCUAUACCCCUUCUGCCUUCCUUAGAAGCACCUAGCCUUCCUUCCUUCAUUCAGAAUCUAAAGGACUCAAUCUCUGAUACUAUUCUAAAGUUCCUUGUUUAUCAUCGAAGGGUUUUCAGUCACAUUCUUGUAUGCAGUUUCAUUUAAGAUAGCUUUAAAGUAUCUUACACUCAUCAACAUCUCUCUUUCUAAAACUCCUUAGUCGGUCCGGCGGCUGGACCCGCUGGUCCCGCGGCCCCUGAACCACAAUCUGAUUUCGCGCAACCGGGAGGUCAAACGUAUGUCAUUCAACAUCCUUGGCCAGGAACAGAAGGUCCACUCACUAUCAAGAAGGAAGGUGUAGAGCAAAAGAAAGUAGAGCCGAAAAAAGAUCUCAAGCUGGCUGCUGAUGAAGUAGUAGUGGCAUAAGUUUUUAGACUUUUUAAGGUAAAUAGUCCGCUUUAUCGCGAACCUCGAGUUUUCCGUCGCAAUUUUUUAAUAUGUGAAAUGCGGUCGUAUUCAAAUGCAUUUGGUCUUUAUUAAAAUUACUUUUUCGUUGAUAAGACCUUAUAACCUUGAGGGAAGCUUUAUAAAGGAAUUCAUGAUUUUCAUUUGAAAUUACCUAAUAUUUAGACUCGAAAGAUAGGUUUUGAUCUCUUUAGAGAGUUAUUUUUAUCAAAUAUGCCUCGUAAGUGUUAUCUAUUGCAGUCCUCGAAUAAGUGUCUGGAGUAAUCUGGAAUUCUUUGGUUUUGCUUCAUUUUUCACUUUGGUGAACUCCUUCUGCAUUUUGAACUUAUCAACUUAAAAACUUGGAAAUUUGCCUUUUUUUUUUGCGUCCGUGGCAAGACAUUCUCCUGUAUUCAUUAAGUGUGUGAAGCUUAGCUUUUUAGCAUCGAUCGCUUCAAAUUAUUUUUAGACACGUUUUCAUGAGACUCAGUUGAAGUAUUUUUGUUUAUUUUCAGGCGAUACACCAACGAAUGACUCAGUUAUGAGUUGCUAAUCGUUUAUGACGCUGUACGCAAAAGUGUUGCGACUUCUCUUUGCAUCUGAUGAAGAAAGAGCUCGAUUAUGGCAUGCGUAUUAAGUUAUUACACUUGAAUAUACAGGAGCCUCAAUGAAUGAUCGGCUGCAUCAUGCUAUAUUCCUAUCAGUCAUUUUUAUUUCUCCUAAACAGCAAGACGAAUGGUCUUUUGAUUCAAAGACUACUUUUAUCUUUUAAAAAAUAAAUCACCAAGACUGAAGAAUUUUUUUAUUUUUGUUAUGUGCGUUCAACAACCAACAAAACUGGAGUUCAGUGGCAUUCUUGCACAUGUAGUUAAAUCUUAUGUUUCCACUGUC